CGUCCCGACAUACAGACUGUGGCCCUUGCUUGAGCUAGGCUCCUUCGCAGAUGGGGUUCUGACCAUCCACCGAACGUGUUAAAAUAGCCCGCCGCGGCCAUCUCCCCGGGCACUCAGAUCAUUAACGACACACUUUCCCGUCCUCAGCCGUGGUCGCAGCCGUGUCACCAUACCAUUGCACCUCAAUAGCCAGGGAAAGCAAGCGGUCUCUAUCUUUUUCCAGGAUGGGCCUCCGCGAGGGCACUGAGUCGUGGGCUCAGGGUGCGGAGGAGUUCAGAGGACAGCGACUGCUUCCCGACAUCGUUGACUACUAUGCUCACGAGCAGCCCGAUCGUGUCUUUGCCGCCAUUCCUAGAUCUGGAAAUGUCACAGACGGAUUUGAAGAUGUCACUAUGAAGACAAUGGCCGCUGCGGUGAACUAUACGGCUUGGUGGAUUGACCGCGCCUUCGAAGACGUCUUCAAAAGGACGACACUGGCCUAUGUCGGCCCUUCUGACCUCCGGUACCCAAUCGUGCUGUUAGCGCUCAUGAAAUGCGGUUGGAGUGUAAUGUACAUAUCGCCUCAAAACACCCCCAUCCAGAAUCUGGGCCUGCUCCAAGAGGCAGAUGUUCAUGGCCUUAUAUAUGCGGAUGUCAUGUCAUCAAUUGCAGAGAAUCUUCAACAGUUUGACCCAUUCAUGUCGAGCCUGCAGUUGCCCGGACUGACAGAGUUGCUGAAGUCUGAAGCACCUCCAUAUCACUUUGGUGGCACUUUUGCCGAAUUGCAAGAUAAACGCUGCCUGACUUUGCACACGUCCGGUACGACGGGCCAGCCAAAGCUGGUGCACUACACUCAUGGCACUCUCGCCUGUGCCGACAAUGAUCAAUUUAUGCCGGUCCCGAAGGGGCGGCGACCACAGAAUGCCUCGCAAUUCAACUUCUCCCCUUUUGGCCGCUACUAUGCCCCCUAUCCACCUUAUCAUCUGGCGGGACUCCACGCCGCCACGCUUGUGCCGAUAUUCUCCAAUGCGGCCGCUUUUGUCAUGGGACCCCAUUCUGUCCCGCCAAGUGGAUCCCUGAUGAAAAGCAUUUUGCAGCAACAGCCACAGAUCCGGGCCAUCUAUGUGCCGCCGUUUAUGCUCGAGCAGUGGAUGGUAGAGCCGGGUGCAUUCGACGAAGCACAGCGCCUAGAUUUUAUUCUAUACGGCGGCGGCGCUUUGGCACCCAGUGUCGGGCAUAAAUUGAGCCAAGCAACUGAGAUGCGUCAGAUGUAUGGCUCUGUUGAAUUUUGCCAUGUCCAAGUGCUCGUCCCUCUGCCCGGAGAAUGGGAGUACCUGGAGUUCAAUCCGUCCGAGGGGUAUGAGAUGCAAGCUGUAGGGGAUGGGGUAUAUGAAUUGGUGCUGCACCAAUACGAGGAGUCUCGCAAACACCAGUCAUUCGCCCACAACUAUCCCAAUCUCCGCAAGUGGCACACCAAAGACCUAUUUGUGCCUCAUCCCGAGAAAACGAACCUGUGGCGCUUCCAUUCCCGCACGGAGGAUAUCGUCGUGCUAGAAAACAAAUCCAAGGUAUGGCCCAUUCCCAUGGAGGCAAUCUUGCGAGGGAAUCCCCAUAUAGGAGGGGCCUUGAUCGUGGGCAAUGGCCGUCCAGAACCAGUCCUCCUCAUCGAGCCCAGGCAAAGCUGCGCCGCGUACACAACCAAAGAAGAAAUGCUGGACGUUAUUUGGUCGUCCGUCCAAGAAGCCAAUUCUAUUGCGCCGCCAUACGCCAAGAUUGACCGAUCGCGGAUCGUGCUUUGCCCAUCACAAGUUGGCUUCUUCAGAACCCCCAAAGGGACGGUCAUGAGGAAACCGACCGAGUCCCUAUACGUGGAGCUUAUCUCGGCGGCGUUCAAGGAAGACGAUGACGACAGUGGCGGCGACGAUCUCGAGUAUACGGGGGAUCAAAGAGAGGUUGAAUUGCGCGGAGAUCAACUGCUGGCUGCGACAUAGGUUCGUCACCUCACAGGUUGAAGACCACUUGCGUGGGCAAAAAAGGGAUUGGAGGCUCUGAAACGCAGAGGAGGAAACCAGCGACAUUGGCCCUCGAAAACAACGAGGCUGUAUGGACCAUUAUAACGACCGUGACGACACCAAUAAGCAAUUACGAUAGCAACAACAUGACUAUGAUUAUGGUCUCAAUCCCACACUGGGCAUCAGGUCAGA